CGCAGUGGCAUUCGUUUCAGUGAGCGUCGUUGUUGCUGUGGUAUCUGGGUUAAAAAAUGAGUGAAUUUUUUAAAUCUGCGAUGGGAUAUUUUAACACACCAACUCCACAAUCUACUGCAAGUGGCGGAGGAAAUACUACUAACGAAUUUUGUGGACAAAUUGUUAACAUAUCAGGGCAGAAAUUACGUGUAAAAAGCGUGAUAGCUGAAGGCGGGUACGCGUUUGUAUAUGUAGCACAAGAUAUACAAACAAACAGAGAGUACGCCCUAAAGCGUCUUCUUGGUGCAGAUAAACAAGCUUGCAAUGCAAUCAUAAACGAAAUAAACACACAUCAACAGUUGUCAAACCAUCCAAACAUUGUUUCGUUCGAGAAUGCUAUGUUUAUAGACAAAACUUCUGGACCACAGCAACGUGCCGAGUAUCUGUUGCUCACUGAACUAUGUAAAGGAGGAUCACUCAUUGAUUGCUUACAGCAAACUUUGGAUCCGUCGUUGGUAUUGCGAAUUUUUUAUCAAGCUGCUCGAGCUGUUUCGCACAUGCAUAGCCAAACACCUCCAAUAAUACAUCGUGAUAUUAAAAUUGAAAACUUUCUUAUCGGCAAUGAUAAACAAUUAAAACUUUGCGAUUUUGGUUCUUGUACAAGGGAAAUAUAUUUGCCAUCAUUGGAAUGGGGUGCAACACAAAGGGGUGUUCUGGAAGAACAACUAAAUUCCGUCACAACGCCUAUGUACCGCGCACCUGAAAUGCUCGAUACUUGGUCAAAUUAUGAAAUUGGGACUAAAUUAGAUAUAUGGGCUCUAGGCUGCAUACUUUAUGUUUUAUGUUUUCAAAAGCAUCCAUUUGAGGAUUCAGCCAAACUACGUAUUGUAAAUGGAAAUUAUAUAACACCAAGUGAUUCUCGUUAUAAUUGCUUUCAUGAAAUAAUAAAAGGUUGUCUUACUGUAAAUCCAUCACAACGAUUUAAUAUUUCAACGAUUCUAGAGCGUUUGGCUGCGUUAAGUGAGACUCGAAAUUGGUCACUUAAAGGUGCUUUAGAUUUACAUGGCAAACCAAUUGACACAUCACCAGUAGAGCAAAUUAAUGGCUCAAUUGUUACACCACAGGUAAAACCUAUAGGAUCACAACAGAGUCAGUCCAUGUUUUAUACUGAUGAUAUACCAGCACAAAAUACACGUACAACUCAGCCGCAAAACAAUCAGUGUCAAAAUCCUCCAGUUCCUAGUAAUUCUUCUAUCACUAGCAAUACAAACGGUAGUAUAUUUUCAUCACUUCGAGGGGGUGCAGGUAGUUUUCUUAAAAAUCUAAAGGACACAUCAUCAAAAGUUAUGCAAACAAUGCACCAGACCAUUGCUCGAAAUGAUUUAGAUAUUAGUUACAUAACCUCCCGUUUGUUAGUAAUGCCAUGUCCUUCAGAAGGCUUUGAAUCAGCUUAUAAAACAAACAAUAUUGAUGAUGUUCGACUUUCAAUAGAAAAUCGUUUUCCGCCGCAAAAAGUAAGUGUGUACAAUUUUGGCUCUCGAAAUUGCCCCCGUCUAGCACCACCUGUGCGCACUGUUGAAGUUGGUUCUAUAUUCGCUUGUCUUCAAUCUCAUGCGCCUAACUUACAGGGCAUAUUUUCGGUAGCUGAAGAUAUGUACGGUUUUUUAAACGCAGAUUCCAAAUCUAUAGUAAUAAUACAAACAAGUGAUUCAGGAGGUUGUGCAGCUGCGACAAUUGUUUGUGCUUUACUUAUGUACUCGGAUUUAAUUCAAGAACCUGAGGAUGCUAUACAAGUAUUCGCUGUCAAGCGUCAUCCCAUUAACUUAAGACCAUCCGAGUUUCGCUAUCUAUAUUAUUUUGGUGACAUUUUACGCCCUACACCAUUACUGCCACAUUAUAAAACUGUGAACUUGGUAUCUUUGGACUGUCAACCAGUGCCACGCAUGACUAAAGCACGGGAUGGAUGUCGUUUUUUUAUAGAAGUAUAUUGUAAUGAUCGUAUGCUGCUUACAACAGUACAGGACUAUGAAAAAAUGAGGCUAUACUUGACUAGUCCAGGUAAAAUAACAUUACCUAUUAAUGUAACUGUGUGUGGAGACUUGACAGUGGUACUUUACCAUGCAAGGAACGGACUCAAAGGCAUGGUACGACCUCAAAGUCUAAAGAUUUGUCAAUUUCAAAUACAUACCGGUUUUAUACCGGAACAAGAGACUCUCAUAAACUUCACUACAAAUGACUUGGAUGACUUGCCAGAUACUGAACAAGUUUCUCAGGAUUUUACAGUGUCUUUGUCAUUAAAUGUGUCUGACAACGAGAAACCACCAAGUAGAAACCCUCCGUGGUUACCUGCAAAACCUAUGAGGAACCCACAUAAUUUAUUUAGUUCACAAUUAGAAUUUGAAGAAAUGAUUGAUAAUUUCGUAACUAAACCGGUUCCAAACAGACCUGCUGAAAUAACGAGGUCUUCAUCAAUUAAAUCAGCAGUUUCAAUACAAAAGAAUUCACGACCAAACUCACCUUUAAUUUUACCAGAUGUUACAGAAAUUCACCACGAAAUAGCGCAACCGAUACCAGAGCCAUCACCACCAAUCGAUUUGCUAAAUUUAAAUCAACCAAAUACCUCACAGUUACCACACAAUUCUCCACCCACUGUUAUACCUACGUCUGAUGCUAGCUUCGAUUUGUUGGGUGCGUUUGGGGAUGAUGAUUCCUCCGGCAUAGGUUCAGCUCCUAUUCCAGAUAUUUUAGCUGACAAUUCGCAACCAAAAUUAACAGCAGGUUUAGACGAUAUAUUCGGUUCUUUGGAUUCCUCAGCGCCUACUAUUAAUAUAAAUUAUAACGCGUUUGUACCUAAACACUCUACAUCAGCAACAAGCACAGUUGGUCAUAAUUUUUCGAAUACGUCACCUAUUUUACCAACUCCAUUAAAUUCGUCAAAUGUACCUGGUUUCAGUAAAAAGACAAAUAGUAAGGACGCAUCCCCUCAGCAAAUGAGUGAUCCGUUUGCUGAUUUGGCCAACUUAGCUUCGGGACUAAAUAUUAAUUUUAAUGCCAAUGCAAUUGGUGGAAAAUCGAAUGGUACAACACCUAUUGGUAAUAGUCCAUUUACCACACAAUUUUCAAGUCCCACACAUAAUUCUGGACUACGUAUUCCACAAGCACAGCAAUCCGCAAGUUCGUCACCGAACCAUAUGCAAUCGCCAAAUGGACCAACUAAUUCCAAUAGACCAUCGCCGCAAUCAACCCCACAACCAAGUGCCAAUACUAAUACACAAAAUUCUCAACGUCCUGACUAUAAUCGAGCACACUUCGAAGCACCAAAAUCAUCUCAAAAUGCGAACACACAAUCAAAAAAUGCUGAUAUAUUUGCAGACAUUUUGGGUGAACAGGGUUAUAAGUUUGGAAGUAAAGGAAAUCAAGGACCACGCUCCAUUAAUGAUAUGCGUAAAGAAGAUUUAAUCAAAGACAUGGAUCCAGAUAAAGUUAGAAUAAUGGAAUGGACCGAAGGUAAAAAGAGUAACAUACGUGCGCUUCUUUGCUCUAUGCACACCGUAUUAUGGACGGAUGCAAAGUGGAAUAAGUGUGAAAUGUCAACCCUGAUAACUGCAGCAGAUGUUAAAAAAGCAUACAGGCGUGCUUGUUUAGCUGUACAUCCCGAUAAGCACAAUGGAACAGAUAAUGAGGAAAUUGCGAAACUUAUUUUUAUGGAACUUAAUAAUGCAUGGACAGACUUCGAAAAUGAUUCCACACAGCAAAAUAUUUUUAACAGUUAAAAUUUAUGUAUAAUUUUAGAUAUAAAGAGGUUAAUCAAAAUUUGCUUAUGAUUUAAUCGUUAAACGAAAUUGUUUAAGUUUAUAACUGUGCAUACCCAACAGAAGUUUCGCUAUUCCAAUCAUUUAAAUUUUAAGCCAAUGAGAUAUUAUAAUAAUUGCUCAUGUGUUACGCUAUAUAUGU